AUGUAAACAAGCUGGCUCAUCAGCAGAAUGCAAACAGUAGCUGUGAAAAUUUAAGUUUUCAGUUUUAAAAGCAUUAAGUAAGUAGGAGAGAGAUGCCACUCAAGAACGUCCAUUAUCAGAAGCUAGAGACAGAGGACUCUGACGAAGGGGGCGAGGACGAGUCACCUCCUACACAUGUUCAGUUGGGGCACUCCCCACACAUACACAAAGGUAAUCGCUGGAACCACAUUGACAAUUUGGACGAGUUCUUUGAAAGGGUGUAUGACUACCAACAACAGAAUGGACUGCUAACAAUAGUCACAUCAGAUAUCCUAGAGCUGCUUCAGUUCAUCUUCAUGGUGCUACUGGCUGCAUUCAUUGUGACGUGUCUGAGAUUCAAGAAUCUCUGGGUGGACACUAUCAAGGACAACAGCACUGAUGAUGGGGGGAGAGAUGUUGAGUUCAGAGACCUCUUUGACGUUGGAAACAUUGUCAAUAUCAACCCAGUGGUGGUCAUGUUCCUGCUCUUAGCACUCUCCUUCUGGUUACACAGACUCAUCAGAUCCAUCGUCAGAUUCUACAGGUUUUGGGAGAUGAGACGGUUCUACACUGAGGCUCUCAACAUACCCAGCUCUGAGCUACGUAACACUUCUUGGGCUGACGUGCUGGUCAAACUAAAGCAAGCUCAGAGAGACUAUAAAAUGAAUAUUCAGAAACAAGAAUUAACCGAAUUGGACGUUUAUCAUCGAAUAUUGAGGUUCAAAAACUAUAUGGUUGCCAUGGUGAACAAGUCGGUACUACCGUGCAAGAUAAAGGUCCCAUUCUACGGAGAUAAAGUGUUCCUUACGCAGGGGUUAAAGUUCAACUUCGAACUCAUUCUAUUCUGGCCUAGUCUUAAAGCACCCUUCAAGAACAGCUUCUACCUUCGUGAUGAGUACAAGUCAGCCUCAAAGAAAGCUGAACUUGUGAAGAACCUUCGUUUCAGAAUAGGGCUACUAGCUCUACUGAAUCUCAUCUUCUGUCCUGUGAUAUUCAUCUACCAGUUACUGUAUGCAUUCUUCUCCUAUGCUGAGAUUGUCAAGAGAGAGCCGGGCACCUUUGGCAAGAGGAGGUGGUCCAUGUAUGGCAGGCUUCACUUGAGGGACUUCAACGAACUAGAGCAUGAGUUCAAAGUUCGACUCAACAAAGCGUACAAACCAUCCGUCAAAUACAUGGACCUCUUCACACAUCCUCUACUUGCUGUGUUCGCUAGGAACAUUGCAUUCUUUGCUGGUUCCAUACUAGCUGUGCUGCUGGUGCUGACUGUGAUACAAGAAGACCUACUGACUGCCCCCAACAUUCUCAAGAUACUCACAUCUCUAGGUCUCAUUGUCACUGUGUGUGCAAUGUUCAUUCCGAAUGAGAACCAGGUGUGGUGUCCCUCUGAGCUGAUGCAGACCAUCCUGGGGAAUAUCCACUACAUGCCUGACCACUGGAAGCAGGCACCUCACACUGCCAUGGUCUACAAGGAGUUCACACAAGUCUUCCAAUACACUGUGAUGUCCAUAGUGGAUGAGAUUCUGAGUCCCCUGCUCACUCCGUUCAUCCUCUACUUCACUCUCAGAGACAAGGCUGGGGCCAUUGUUGAUUUCCUCAGGAACUUCACUAUAGAUGUGUCUGGUGUCGGAGAUGUCUGCUCCUUUGCUGAGAUGAACGUGCGGAAACAUGGCAGCCCUGAGUGGUUGUCUGCUGGAGUGAGCAGGGCCAGUGACAAGGAGCAGGCAGAGCUGGGGAAGACCGAGAUAUCUCUACUCAACUUCUCUAGGAAGAACCCUAACUGGAAACCCAGUGAGGAUGGAACAGCCUUCAUGACACAACUCAAGGAGACUGCUGAUGAGAUGCAUCACAGUGCUAGUAGUCAACACUCUGGUCACUAUGGUCAGGCAUCACCAAUGGAGUCCUCCCUCACCUACCUGUCCAUGCCACCAUCAGCCAUGCCAGUCAGAGAGAGUUACUCUCAAUUUCCACCCCUCCCCACGUCACAAGUCGGUCAGUCCAUGGAGUGGUCCAUCUGGAGCACACAGCCCACAGCUCCACACCCUCACACACACACACCCACACACACCCACUCACACUCUCACGUUGUCACUGACUCUAUGGUCGGGAGCACGCUACAACUACAUCAGGUACACGAUCAUCAGAAGUCCCAAACUGCCUACACUGCAAACGUUGAGAAUGCUUGGACCGUACAGCAAGGAGACACCACCCAACCUCCCCUCAGCCUUGCUUCCUACACGUCAGAAUCAGACACUCACAUCACUGGCCCUGACGACCAUCAGGAGAGGAGCUCCACUCUACAAGAGCCAUUGUUGGCACCCGUGGUGCAUCUGACAGAAGAAGACAUGACUGUGGUAGAGAUACAUGAACAGCGUAGAGACUAACCGAUGUUGUGUAGUGAAUACUAUUACAUGUAUAGUGAAUAUUGUGUUGUGUUCAUGCGGUCUCAUUUCUCAUUGUGUUAUCAUGUUCAUGCUCUUCAUAGCAGCAAGUGUUAAUUGAUUAUCUUGCGUUUGCAAUAGACUUUUGUGUGAAUGA